GCCAAGACACUCGAGAGGAUUCAAAGCAGGUUGAUGGAAAACUCCUCAUUAAACAGCAUUAUGCUGCAGCUGGAGGGUUUGAAACUCUCCGAGGCCUCCGUCUACCCCGUCUUCCUCUGCUUCUUUCUCUCCUACAUGUUCAUUGUGAUCGUGAACGCAGGCAUCGUGCUCCUGGUUGUCACUGACAAGAACCUGCACCAGCCCAUGUACCUGCUCUUCUGCAACCUGCCCGUCAACGACAUCGUUGGGAACUCCAUCAUGCUGCCACGGCUGCUCAUAGACAUGCUGCGUCCUCACUCUGAGCGUGUCAUCAGUUAUUAUGAGUGUGUGGUCCAGGCGUUCACCACGCACAUGUUUGGUGCCACCGCUCACACGGCACUCAUGAUCAUGGCCUUUGACAGAUACGUGGCCAUCUGUAACCCCCUGCGCUACACUUCCAUCAUGAACAACAAAAUGGUGGUGAAGCUGACAGCGUCUGCCUGGGGAGUGGCCUUUGUUCUGGUCGGGAUUCUGCUCGGUCUGACCAUUAGGCUGAACCGAUGCAGGUCUUGGAUCAUGAAUCCUUACUGUGACAACGCCUCGCUGUUUAAACUCUCCUGUGAGAGUGUUUUUGUUAAUAACAUCUACGGCCUCACGUUCUCCGUGGUCUUACUCUCGUCGUCCAUAGGCAGCAUCGUCCUCACAUACACGCAGAUCACCGUGGUCUGUCUGACCAGCAAGAACAAGUCUCUGAACGGGAAAGCCCUGAAGACCUGCAGCACUCACCUGGUGGCGUAUCUCAUCAUGCUGAUCAGUGGUUUCAUCGUCAUUAUCCUUCACCGCUUCCCUCAGUACUCAGACUACAGGAAGCUGUCGGCCAUUUUGUUUCACAUCAUCCCUGGGAGCUUGAACCCUGUCAUUUAUGGAGUUCAGUCUGCAGAAAUCUGCAAAUCCAUGUCAAGAUUGUUUCGAACCAAAGCAGUGGCACCUUGCAAAUGACGAGUGUCAACCUGGAGUCAAAUGGCACUUUUCCUUCCCACAGUUGUAGCUCGACUCGACUCAACGCGGCUCACCCUCACGGUUCACAGAAUCGUUCAGUACUUCCUGCAUGACCCGAGCAUAGACUCCGUCUGAACUGACACAACACUGAACAGGUGGUUUAGUGUAAUACACCAGACUCCUUUGUUAAAUAUUGACAUUUUAGACAUGUUAAUUGGUA